UACGGUUAAACGGGUAAGUCGGGAUUUUCUUUAUGCAUAAUAUUGUCUCGUGAGUUAUAAGGAUCUGAAUUAGAAAUAUUGUGGUGCCUAUAAUUGUUUUACCAUACCUAAUAUUUCCAAUUAAAUGUGAUAAAAAGGAGUUGUAAACCAUUAAGAUCGGGAGUACAACUGAGUAAAAAAUGGAGGUAUCAGGUAGAAGGCCUUUGAGCAACCUGUUGUCAAAGACUUUGCGUUUUGGUUCAGAAGAGGACACUGGUUUAUAUUGUCAUGCAUGUGAAUUAAAUGGUCAGACAGUAAAUGUGAAUGGAUAUUGCCAGAACUGUAGGACAUAUUUAUGCACCAGUUGUAUAAGAAAUCACGGUAAGGCCACACCCACAAGGAAUCAUAUUGUCAACAAGAUCGUUGAUAGUUCAUCAACAACUGUUGCAAGUGAUAAAUUACAGAACUGUCUUACACAUCAAAACGAGGAGAUCAAGUUAUAUUGUCGCGCUCAUGAAACGUUUGGAUGCGUGAUUUGUAUGACAUUGUCACAUAAACUUUGUGAAAUUGAUUUCAUCCCAGAAGUGUCGGAGCAAUUUUUGAAAGGCGAUGAGUAUUUGAGCUUCCAGGCAAAUGUAAAUAACUUGAAAGAAAGGUGCGAAUUGGGUAUGAACAAGAUAGAAGCGAAUAUGGUUGAGAUUGAAACAGCAUAUGCAAAGGUUAUUUCUGCUGUCGAGGAUACGAGAAAGGAAAUAAUAAAAGAACUUGAUCAAUUCGAGAGUGAUUUGAAAGAAGAAGUAACAGCAUACAGAAAGAAGAACAUUGAAACAAUGGACACGUUGAAGAAAGCUUAUCAGUCACUUGUAAAGAACAUUGUAGACACAGAAGCUAAAACAAAAAGUAUGAUAAAAGAUAAAAAGUACAACACAUUGUUCUAUGAGGUUAAGCAAUCUUUUGCUAGAUUUCGGAGUAUCAGUCCCAGACUUAUGGAUUAUCUACAAAGCUAUGCAAACAAGAAUGCAAAUUUCAAAAGAGCACCGAACUCAACACAUUUCUUACAAAAGACAGUAUGUUCGGUACGAUACAUAUUAAAGACUUAGAAUUGGGUCCCUGUAAUGCACCAGAACAUGUAAGCACACAACCAAUGUGCCACAUCAAUAUCAAAAGUAAAGACGACAAAAAGACAUGCUACGCAACAGGACUGGCUUUCAUGUCAUCCGAUCAGUUGGCUAUUGCUGACAAAGCAAACAAAAACGUGAAAAUAGUGGAUGUUAGCUACGACAAAAUUAUUUCUGAAAUUGGGUUAUCCUCAAGUCCACGUGACAUCACAGUCAUUCCGCCAGACCGACUCGCCGUGACAUUGAGAGAUGAAAAGAUAAUCCAGCUAUUGUCUACAUCAUCGGGUCUUACAAAAACUGAACAAAUAAAAACAGACGGAAAAUGCCGAGGCAUUUUCUAUGACAGUGAACUUUUGUUUGUAACUUUUGAUAAUAUCAUGUCAAAACUGCAAAUUAUGAAAUUAAAUGGUCAGGUAAUUCGCUCAUUUGAUGUCGAUGAAACUGGGAAAAGGCUAGUAACAGAAGCAAAAUCUAUAGGUUUAAGUCCCAAUGGAAAGCAGAUAUACUUUACAGACUUUCUGAAAAGUGUAUUUUUCGUAUGUCAAUAGGCGGAGACGUUACGGCAAAAUAUGAAGACUCGAAUUUCUUGGGCCUUGCUGUCAGCAGUUCCGGUUCGGUAUACGCAUGUGCAAAGACGUGUGAUAUGGUAAUUCAGUUUUCAGAUGACCUAUCAAAAACUACAACAGUAUUAGAUGGGAGUGAGGGUGUGAAAGGUCCGUUAGCUGUUGCAAUAUCGAAGAAAAAGAACAAGCUCUAUGUCAGUUGUGGAAAAGGUGACGAAACAUGCUGCAAUAGUCUGCAUGUAUUUAAAAUCACAUAAUGUUGUCAGCAGUAUCUCAGAUUCAUAAUUAAGACCGUGUAGUCAUUCGUUUGGCAGAAUGUCAAAAUACAGCUAAAUAUAUAUACAUGUACUUCCAAACUAUAACGUUCAGCUAGUGCCACUUUGCAGCUUGCAAAAAAGUAUAGUUAGCUCAGAGUUGCGCUGGAAAUGUGCAUAUGAUUAUUGAUUGACAAAGAAUUUAAAAUAACGUAGAGCAACUUUGUUCUGCGUGAAAAAUUUGUGAAGUUAAAUAUAAAUGUCUUUGUCUUCUUUCCUUUAAAUACAUAUAUACAUAUAAGUGUGUUAUGUUAACGUUAUUAUUUGUAUCAGUUUAUUGUUAUGUUCCAGAAUUCUAUUUGCUUACACUAGUUUUAUUUUGUAAUUUUGAGAACAUUUUCUUUGGUAGCAUUUCGAACUAUAAGUCUGUUCUAAAUGAAUAUCAGUUUUAUACCGUGUAUCACAAUGGACCUCCGUGGCCUAGAGGUGACUUUGAAUCACUUACCCCUCGCCUUGUUCGACACCUCUCUUGAAGUGUAGAAGUCUGCAUGAAAUGGAACCAUCCAGCUUGCUUACGGGAGUUUGGUGGGUCUAUCCAAGUAGUCGCCCUUGAUAAAUACUUCUUAAACCAAAACACUGGAUAAAUCGCCAUACGACCUGAACUGUGUCGGUGUGACACUAAACCUAGCAUUUUUAUACAUAUUAUCGUUAUAGUUUUAUAUGACCAUUUUUAUAGAUUUCCUCAACAAAAACAUUUAAGACCUACAAUGUUUUCUUCGUUGUUUGCCGAAUGUUGUACGUGACAGAGCGAGUGAAAAAAUCAUUGUGCAAUCACUUAAUGUAUAUUAUUGUACUGUGUAUCAAUGAAUAAUGUUUAUACAACAAUGCAUAAAUCAAACCGUAAUAUGUAUACACCUGUUCAUACUCUAAAGUGGUGUAAGUCUACAGUUUCAUACUAUACAAGAUAUGUUUAAACUUUUGUGAUAAAUAGUACACUCUCGUUAUGAUAACUUGUUUUUCUUAAAACAUUUCUUGAACUACCUGUUUGUUCCCUUUUUAAAAAUCCUCAUUUAAGUAAAUUUUAUUUUAAAUUGCAUUUAACGUUAAAAUAACUUGUUCUUCUGAUUUACCAUGUACAUAGUCUUGUCUGUUUAUAUGACUAUUGCAUUGGAUUUUGUUAAAGGUUAAAACUGUUUUGAUUUUUUUUUGUAAAUGAUAGUGUCCUGACAUUUGAUUACGAUUCUGUACAACAAGACUUUAACGAAGAUAAAUGUAUUAGUAAAUAUUAUUUAUAAAAAUGUUUGAAAAAUUAAACCUUCUUUUACAUUAUCAACAAUUAAUGCAAUUACGUGACUGAUUGGCCUUCCAGUAAAUAAAGAAUACUUCUGUGUAUUUGAAUCAUACUGUGAGGAUGAUUGGCCCUUUAAAGAAUUUCUUUGACCCCUUUCAGUUUUCCUGUCAUAUUUCGAAAUGCAAACGGUGGUAUAUAAAUAUGUACGUGUAUUUUCGUCUACGUAAUCGGAUUCAUAAAAAUGAGUUUGUUUAAGAUUUUAAGAUGGAUUAGAAACACUUUUGUUUGGACGUUUAUUUGAUUUUUCCACGGGAGCUCUGACAAAGUCUUUUAAACGUUUUUUUAGAAAGUACACAUGUUGAUUAUAAACACAUGAAGCUUGUUAGAGACUGUGUUUAAGGAACGUAGCAGUCCCUUUUAAGUAUUUAUCCUUCUUCCACUUUCCACUCCGCGUCUUUUUACAUCCACCCCUUUUUGCUAUAUUCUGCAUAAAAAUAAAAUGUACUUAUUGGAUUUGAAGCACCUCAUCUGUAAUAUUUUUCAGUUACAGCCUCUUUUUGGUUUGGGCCUGCUUUACAAAUGCUCGGUUCUACAGCUGUUUCGGGUGCUCAAUGCUUCCGGGAAAUCUACUCUUACCUUUUAUCUUCGUCAUCUGUACUUCCACAACUCACAUCGUACAUGUUUCUUGCGUAAGAAUCUGUAUGUUGAAUGGUUUAUUGUGUUUUACGGCGUAUAAAACAGAGUAUAUGUUAACUACUUGCCUUUUUAAAUAUCCAAUAAUUUGCCAUGUGUAGCCGCGCUAUUACUUUGAAGUUAAACAUUUAGCAAUCAAAACAAUGGAAUUCGUACGUUUAAAAAUUAUUAUGCAUGUUUUUUUCUCAAGGAACAAAAUAUAAUGGCAAAAAUUAAUUAGAUGAAAUAGGUUAAACUGGUUAUCAUUUUGCGGUAUUUAUCUUGAUAUUUAUUAUUUUCUGGUAUAUCUUAUAUCGUAUAUGUACAUGUAUGCAAUAUAUUUUUCACUAUCUAAUCUACACCUUUUGCAUUUCUAACUUUGAGGUAUAACUUUUCAGAAAUUAAAGCAUAGGAAUUCGUACGUUUUAUAUUCUUGUGUAUGUUCUAUUAUCAACGAACAAUAGAUGCAUGGUAAAAUAAUUUCGAAAUAGAUUAAGUUCUUUGUUGUUUUGCACCUUGUAUUUAGAUACUUUUGAAAUGUUUUUGUAUAGGCAAACAAAGCAAUGUUUGAAAAUGUAUAAGUCAAUAUGGUAUGUGCAACGGGUUGAGGUGAAUAAAAUCUAUUGAUAG